AUGCCUUUCUCUGUCUUGAAGGCCUGGCCCACCGUUGCCUCCGGUCGUAGCGUCCUUGGUUUCUUCGCCAAGGUCCUCUCGGUUUUCAAUUCUGCUACCGACCUUAGCAAUGAUCACAUCAAUCUUCCCGAGUCUUUUGGCUCCAUCGGGUUCGAUGAACCUCACGUCGAGCUAAUCUCUAUCGACGACGAUGCCAUGGCCACCCGACCCCGCGCUCUGCCGGCCAUCGCCGCUCCAGAGAGUGUCACCGCCGGAUCUAGCCGUCUGCCCUAUGCUUACAACGAGAAGGUUGUCGAGAUUCUCGCGAAGAUGGCCGCCCACCACGCUUCUCUGAUCCCGACCCCUAAAGAAAUCGGUGUAUCCGAAGGUUUCGAUACUGGAUUUAGUCAUCUUUUCCGAAACGCGGACGCGAGCAUCGACAACGAAGACCACGUCUUCAAGCCCAACUAUGUCUUCGAUAGCGAGUUCAAUGCCCACAAGGAUUCAAGCCUCGAGCUCCCUGCAGAACGCACUGCAGUCGGAGCGAAGACGUUCAAGUUCGUUGACAUCGAGGCUAUUUGUCUCCCGGCCCUGCAUACCGGCGAGUCGUUGAUCUCUUCUUCAUCUACGUCAUCUUCGGAGAGCAUCAUCGUGAAAUCCGUCUCCACGGACACGAUUCUUAGCGCCAGCGCUUCCUUCAGCGCCGCCUGCGAGGACAUCACAACUAUUCACAAUACGCUGUUCAUGCCCUCGACCUCCUUCUCUGCCGAAUUCGGGCAGUGGACCGGCCCCGCGGCUAACCUUCCAGAGAACUGCUCUUUCCUCGCCCGAAUCUCCACCUCUGUCUCGUUCUCUGCCGAAGUCGGACAGUGGCCUACCCCCGCUGCCGUACUUACAGAGAGCUCCUCCUCCAUCGGCGACAUCGUGGCGAUCCAUGUUUCGCUCUUCGCAUCUGCAUCUACGCUUGCCGCCGAGACCGGACAGUGGAGCGACCCCGCUGCCGCGCUUCCGGAGAGCUGCCCUUCCAUCUCUAGGCUCCUCAUGCCAUUCCCAGCGUCGGCGGUCAACCCGCCCGCGCAUUCCCCAUCGGACCCUAUACCGGGCCCAGUCGUCGCGAAGCCUGCGUCUAGCUUGCUUCCGCGUCCCCGCUUGGUCCAGCCGCGCAUCUUUAUCAAGCCUCAACGGCGCCACUCGGACGUCGCCGCAACACCGCUCGCGCUCACCAAGGAGGUCCUCCCUCGUCCGACUUCCCUGCAUGCGGCUCGGGGGUGGAAGUUUCCCUCCCCAGCUCAGGUCCAGGCGGCGACCCCUCUCCGGAUUCGUCCUGCCAUCCCCCCACCGUCCCCUCUCGCGAAGGUAGUCCUGCAGCGGGACACGUUCCGCUCGCCAGCGACAGCUUCCUCCCCCCGACUCCCCGCGCGGGCGGACAAGGCACGCGCUGCCUCCACGCCCCCUCGCAAGUCACCCUGCCCACCUCGCAAAAACGCUAUAUACCGACGGACCUCGAUUCUAUCGUGUCGCUCGUCGAUCGUCCCUGCCACGCCUCCGGUGCGCUCGGGCGAGACACGGCUAAAACGUGCCUUGCAGUGGCGCUAA